CUUUUAACUUUCAUUGUCUUUUCCGCCCGCUCCGCUCGUCUCGCCGGCUGCUCUUUCCGGGAUCUUUUAUCAGGCAGAAAUGCAUCGAACAACUAGAAUCAAGAUCACUGAGCUAAAUCCCCACCUAAUGUGUGUGCUCUGUGGAGGGUACUUUAUUGAUGCCACCACCAUAAUAGAAUGUCUACAUUCCUUUUGUAAAACAUGUAUUGUGCGUUAUCUGGAGACCAGCAAGUAUUGUCCUAUCUGUGAUGUCCAAGUUCACAAAACCAGACCACUACUGAAUAUAAGGUCAGAUAAAACUCUUCAGGAUAUUGUGUAUAAAUUAGUUCCAGGGCUUUUCAAAAAUGAGAUGAAGAGGAGAAGAGACUUUUACGCAGCUCACCCUUCAGCAGAUGCUGCCAAUGGCUCUAAUGAAGAUAGAGGGGAAGUGGCAGAUGAAGAUAAGCGAAUUAUAGCGGACGAUGAGAUAAUAAGCUUAUCCAUUGAGUUCUCUGACCAGAACAGAUUGGAUCGGAAAGUAAACAAGGAGAAGUCUAAAGAGGAGGUGAGUGAUAAAAGAUACCUACGGUGCCCGGCAGCCAUGACUGUGAUGCACGUAAGGAAGUUCCUCAGAAGUAAAAUGGACAUACCAAAUACUUUCCAGAUUGAUGUCAUGUAUGAGGAAGAACCUUUAAAGGAUUAUUACACACUAAUGGACAUUGCCUACAUUUAUACCUGGAGAAGAAAUGGCCCACUUCCUUUGAAAUACAGAGUUCGGCCUACUUGUAAAAGAAUGAAGAUCAGUCACCAGAGAGAUGGACUGACAAAUGCUGGAGAACUGGAAAGUGACUCUGGGAGUGACAAGGCCAACAGCCCAGCAGGAGGUGUGCCCUCUACCUCCUCCUGUUUGCCCAGCCCCAGCACUCCAGUACAGUCUCCUCAUCCACAGUUUCCUCAUAUCUCCAGUACUAUGAAUGGAACCAGCAACAGCCCCAGUGGUAACCACCAAUCUUCCUUUGCCAGUAGACCUCGAAAAUCAUCAAUAAAUGGGUCAUCAGCAACUUCGUCUGGUUGAGUCCUGGGACUGCUAAGGAAAGAAAAUUUCACCCCCUGAUUUAGAUAUCUUCAUCCAUUACAGCUUUAUAGAUGCUAAUACAUGUGACUGUCGUCCAAUUUGCUUUCUUUUGUAGUGACAUUAAAUUUGGCUAUGAAAGAUGGACUAGAUGUGAUAUUCAUAUGGAUGUUAAUUGAAAAGAAAGGGUUUUUUUCUGUAAAGAAUUGGAUUCUGAGAAGGCAGGCAAGAUUUUUUUCUGUGUUAGGAAAGAUGUGAAAUGGUUUCUGUAACUAUUGUUUGGAUUGGGAAAUGGUCUGCAGUGGGUAGAAACAUGGGCCAUAGUUUGUUAAUCUCAACUAACGCCUACAUUACAUUCUCUUUUAUUGUUCUUGUUGUUCUGUUUUGUGAACCUGUAGAAAACAAGUGCUUUUUAUCUUGAAAUUCAACAAAUGAAAAGAAUAAGCAUAGAAUAAUGUAUUCUAUGUAGCCAUGUCACUGUGAAUAACAAAUCCUUGCAUAUUUAGCCAUUUUAAUUCCUGUUUGAUUUUUAUUUCUCUGUUGCUACACAAAACCGAUCAAAGAAAACUUCAGUUUUACAAUCUAUGCCUAAAAGCGGGUACAACCGUUUAUUUCACUGACUUGCUUAAAUGAUUCGCUUUUGUAAGAAUCAGAUGGCAUUCUGCUUGUUGUACAAUGCCAUAUUGGUAUAUGACAUAACAGGAAACAGUAUUGUAUGAUAUAUUUAUAAAUACUAUAAAAAUACUGUGUUUCAUGCACCCAGAAAUGGUUGUUAAAAUUCUCCGAAUUGUUCGACCUUUACAGAUACCCAUACUAUACCUACUAUGUUGAGCCUUACCAGCAUACAUUUUGUGUGUUUUGCGUGUAUGACUAACUUCACAUUUCCCAUUUGGAAGCAAUUGGCAAAUUCAUCAUAGUUCUGACUUUUCUGCUAUACUUUUAAAAUUAAUGUUGUCAUAAAAAAACUUUUAAGACAAUUGGAAAUAGGGUCUUAAUUUUCCAUUGGUUAUGAUGGAUUUUCAUGUACUUAUUUAUCUCUGGAAUUCUAAAGUAGAUUUUUAAAUAAACCAGCUAAUUGCUGGAAGAAGGCAUUUUAUCUACAAUUAUUUUAGUAUGUGGUAUAGUAAUAAUUUCAGAUUUAAGAGUUGCUUCAACAGUUAAAUCAGCUGUCUCUCUAAUGUCUGGGAAUAGAAGCAAUUUAUUAUGGAUUUCUACAGGUAUUUUUAAGAGCAAACGUGUUGAGCUCAGAUAUGAAUGACCCCAUAAAUUCUCAGUUUGUUUUGCCUUGGUCGGAGUUGGUGUGUGUGCAUCACCCAUCAGUUAUUUGUGAGGAUGUUUAUAUAAAGAAUAUUGUUUCAUGUUUGUAUGGGAAAUUGUAGCUAAACAUUUCAAUGUCUCCAAUCUGCAAAAGAAGCACAAUUCUAUUGCUUUGUCCUGCUUAUAGCCAUUAAAUCAUUACUUUUACAUAUAUCGCUGUUACUUCUGCUUUCUUUAAAGAUUCAGUAAAUGUUUUAUGAAGCCACAAAAUAUAUUUUUAUUUUAACCUAAAUUUGUACAGUACCAUUGUAUGUGUUGUUUCUAAUUAUAGAUGUAAAAUGAAAUUUCAUUUUUAAUUGGAAAAAUCCAAUAAAAAGGAUAUUCAUUUAGAAAAUAGCUAAGAUCUUUAAUAUAAAUUUGGUAUGAAAAGCACAAUGUGCAGAAGUUUUGGAAACCCUAUAGUGGACUACAAAGGGUGAAACCUAAGGAGAAUACAUUGCUGUCUUCAGAUGGUGUUGCUAAGGAGUACAUGUUUUGUUGUAUAUUGCUUGAGAGCCCAGUGGAAGAUGUAUCUGUUUAUUUACAAUCUUUGAAGUAAAGGUUACCAAUGUUUGCCAA